AUUCCAAAUAACUUCUCAGUGAUACAAUCGCUGCUUACAGUUGAGUGAUUUAUUAAUUUCUGAUAAGAUUGUUUCGCCGCAUUACUACAAAUAUUUUACCAUGGAUGAUUCUAUUAUUUGCAUAGUUUGUCAGAAAAAAGAAGAGGAUUCAAGCCAAGUUCUAACUUGUGCGUACUGCUUUUCCUGUGCCCACUUCAGAUGUAAAAACAUAAUUGGAAAUGCGAUUGGUCGAUGGAAAAAAAAACUUUAUUAUUGUACACCCGAAUGUUCUGUUAUCUAUCAACGCGUUAUCGAUAUGCAAAAUAAUAACAUAAUCGACACGCUCGGCUCCCAACUAAAAUCAAUUACAAUCAAAGAAAUGGAAAAUGUUAAAGCAGAAGUUAGACUAGUGACGUCAGCAAUUGAAUCUUCUCAGGAAUUUUUAUCAGCUAAAAUCGAUUCAAUCAAUGCUGAUUUCAACGAACUAAAAUUAGAAAAUCAAACGAUGAAGCAUGAAAUGGAGAUCUUAAAACAGUCUCACUCAGCCCUUGAAGAAACUGUGCGCAAACUUGAAGCUAGUGUCGAUAUGUCCGCUAGAUUUGCUACCUCAAAAAAUCUUGUAUUUCUGGGAUUACCUGUUAUUGAAAAUGAAAACGUUCCUGAUCUAAUUGUUAAAACUUUAGCUACUAUAGGUGUUGAGGCUCGUGUAGACUCCUUUACACUUGCAGAACGGUUUUUCCCGCCAGGUAAAAACAAGAAAGCAAUAAUUCCAAUUAGAGUUAUUUUCAAAUCAACUGAAUGUAAAGAAUUAGUUAUGAGUAAAAAAGGAAAGUUCGGAAAACUUCUAUCGACAUCUGUACACCCGUCUUUAAAUAUUGACGGAAAAUCUCUUACUGUUAGUAUUAGAGAUGAGCUAACUCCAUUGGCACUUGAUCUCCUUAAAGAAACGCGCGAAUCUCAAGACAUACUUGAAUUUAAAUAUGUUUGGCCUGGUAGAAGUGGUGUUGUUUUAGCAAAAAAAGAUGAAGCGUCUAAGCCUGAAAUAAUUAAAAAUAAAUCUGACCUAAUUAAAUUAACAAAAAAUGCCUUAGCUCAGCAAAAAACUGAUCAAUCAAAUCAAACUUCACCGGAUAUUGUUCAAGAAAAUAAACGUAAGAAGAGGAUAUAAUUUCAAUUUAUUUAACACUCGCGUAUAUCUUUAAUUCAAUCAUUAAAAAUGGAUAAUCAACCUAAAAAUUUCUAUC